CAGACAGUCAGACAGACAGACAGUCAGACAGACAGUCAGACGUGCUGGGAGCAUGAAGGCUGAAUGAGAUGUGAAAGCCGGAGGAAGGAGCGAACCAUGAAAGUCGCCUCUGUGGUCGUAUACGGGGUCGCGCUGGGGCUCCUGGCGGUCGGCCUGCGAGAGCUGCUGACUGGCUUCGAGGAGAACAGAUGCAGUAUGACCUACAUGUUUGAAUACCCAGAGUACAGGCGAGUGGCCUUGCCUCGGCGUGUUGCCAGACUGUACCCAGCGUACGGGCUCUACCUUUAUGGAGAGGGUCUAUAUGCCCAGGAGACCCGAGCACUUAAACUCACUGGCGCCCCUGUGCUCUUCUUGCCUGGAAAUGCUGGCAGUUACAAACAAGCUCGCUCCCUGGGCUCGGUGGCCCUCAGGAAGGCUGAAAACAUGGAGGGAGGUCUCCACUUCAAUGUGUUCACCGUGGACUUCAAUGAGGAGCUGGUUGCGCUUUACGGUGGCAGUUUGCUCCAGCAGACACACUUUCUGCAUGAGAGCAUUAAGGCCAUCCUAAGGCUGUACAAGCAUCUGAAGACCCCUCCCCCGAGUGUGGUGCUUGUGGGCCAUUCCAUGGGAGGAGUGGUGGCUCGGGCUCUGUUCACUUUGCCCCGUUUUAACACCAAUCUGGUCAGCCUGAUCAUUACCCAGGCCUCUCCUCACCUGGCUCCAGUACUGGCCCUGGACCCAUACCUGCUGGAUUUCUACUCUGCAGUGAGAAAGAAAUGGGUGAACCAGGCGAACAAACUCAGAAACAUCACAGUCCUGUCCGUUGGGGGCGGUUACCGUGACUACCAGGUCCGGUCUGGUCUAACAUCCCUGCCGUGUCCUUCAGGAGACCCCAAUAAGUUGUCACUGGUGGCAACUGCAGUUCCCCGGACAUGGGUGUCAACCGACCACCUCUCCAUUGUUUGGUGUAAAGAGCUUGUUCUUGCCACUGUCAGGGCAUUCUUCGACCUCAUUGAUCCUGAAACCAGACAGUUCACAGAGAAUCAGGAGAAGAAAAUAGCCGUACUAAACCAUCACUUCAUCAGACAUCCUGUCAGGAUGGUGGGAGAAACUCACGACGCGUCCAUCUCAACCUUAGAUUUUCCUGAAGUGUGGAGUGAAGUGAACACACUGCGUCUGGCUUACAGCACACCGAAGGAAGGACAGGUGAAAUAUUUCAUGUUUGCACUGUCGAGUCGCAGGAAAGCCUACAGCCAUUUCUACUGCCGGAGCAGCAACCUGGAGAUGACUAGCUGGGUUUAUGGCUGUGUGCACAAGAAUGGUUCAUGUCUACAUGCUGUUGAUCUAUCUGUGGGAACUGAGCUGCUGCCACCAUACAAGGUCCUGAUUUUGAGUCUCAGUGAUUUGUCUUCAGUUAGUCAUCUAGUUGUUUCGGCCUCCAACCUCAAUGGCAAACAGUUUACGGUGGAGUGUGAAUGGCAAAGACAAGAAUCUCAGACUCUGUCUGUCCCAGUACCACAUGUCCUGUCCUUCGGUUUGACUUUCAGCGACAUUACGGUCAACUCUUCUGGACUUCUACACACCAUCAAGCUUCAUCACUUUCACCAGGUCUAUCAGGCAUUCAGAAUUAAUGUUGCAAGCCAAUGCAAAGUACAUAAAGAUAGAUUGCCCAAUGUGUACAGAAUAAUGGUGCCAUGGUUUCGAGAGGACUCUUUAACCACAGUCAGUGUGCCGUCAGUUACUGAGAUCUCAGGGAUGCUCCACACAAGUCGCCUAGACAACACAUCAGGUGUCCUCCUUCAGCUUCACACUGCCCCCAACUGCCAGUACAAGGUUUCAAUAAGGACUUCAUUACCCAGGGUGCUUGGGCAGAUCCUGAGGUUCUGUGGUCCUAUGGUACCAGUUUACACAGCUGUAACUCUGCUGCUGGCCUGUGGGGGGCAGCUGUCAACCAUCCUGAAGUCGAGGCGAGCUGCAGACAUGAGCCAGGUGGUGGGCAAAGGCCUGCAGCCUCAUAAAGUCAACCUGCCCGUUUAUGUUCUGCACAUCUUACUUAGCUGUAGCCGCUUUCAAGAGUUCUGGUCCAUUUUAUGCCUCCCCCCCAUGGAUGUUCUGCCUGCAUCUUUUCCUGAUGCAAUGUUUCAUAAUGGCGAGAUACUAGUUGAAGAAUGGCCCCACCUCCUGUCCCCUCUGCUGUACAUUUUGGGGGCAGCUGUGGCAUACUGGGGGAGCACACUGCUCCGUCUAAUUAUGCGGCUGAUCUCAUUAAUAUUGGCGCCACUACACAGACCAUCUGUCUCUAGAGACUGUGGCACCCUGCGACUGCGGACCCAGCUCCUCAUCGCCCUCUGUCUGACAGUUAUCGGCGGGAUUUCCUGUGGAGCGUUUUCAGUCUUUGCUGCUUUUUUGCUUCACCUUUAUAGGGUGCUACGGCUACAAAUGACAGAGAGGUCUUUGAGUCACAUGCUGAAUCUGGCGCCCCAGAAGCACAAAGAAGCUGAGAACGGCACAGUCAACGUUGAGUGCUUGAGCAGGUCGAAAGAAUGUAACGGCACCCCCCUGCUGUCUGAGUGUGCACUGGAGGAGGUGAGGGAUGAUCUACAGCUCCACCUCUGCCUAUCAGCACUCUUCACGCUACCUGUCAUGCUCAGUACACCAUCACUCAUCCACUGGAUCCGCAACCUGAGAUAUACCACCCAGUUGGACCCUGACCCUUGUUGGCCACACAUUGUGCCUCUAGUUACUGUUUACAUGCUGCUUAUUAACUGCAACACGUUGAAACUUUACAACAGUAAACUACUGCCUCUGGCUUCCUGCCUCCCUCUGCCCUUGGCCAUCACAAUGGUGACCUUCUCUCCACUUCACCUCUACAGAGUCACCUACUUCCUGUUGCUGACACUCGUCCCUCUGGCGUUUUGUUGCCUGCUCUGACGGUAUCUGGCUGGUUUCAGUCUUCGUCUCUACCAUUACAAGCCUUCCUCUAAGUUACAGCCUGACUCUCUGCGGCUGGUUGAGGCUGAUGUGUCAAGCUGCCAUGGAGCAGAACUAUAGACAUAUAUAGCUUGGGGAACUGCCUGCUCAAUGUUAGCAUGAAAAGUUCUAUGGCAUUUACUCUGUAUUUUUAAAAUGAGGUGAUGUAAAGGCCUUGGAACAUUUGGUGCAAAUAUGGCUCCAUUAGAAUGACCUGAAACCAAGUUUGCCUUACUCUGUAUAUCUAUAGCUCUGCCUUCAAGGAGCAAGAACUCCACAACCAGUGAAGCUACUUAUACUAGAGACUCUCAAACAGGGUGUUAGUGUAAAAUGAGCUGUUUUGUUUUUCUUGUUUCUCGUGUCUGAAGUGGCUUCUGUCACGGUAGUUGCCAUGCUGUGAACUCUCACACUGCCUCCUGCUUAGCAAGGACAGUUGUGUUUAGCUGGAACCCACUGACUGUCGCAGCACUGUCACAAAACAAGUGGUGGUGCCCUAACUUUCAUUCCACAAGGAAAGCCCAAAGUAAUCAUGUUUACAAUUCCCUAUAAUCAUUUUUGAUACACAAAAAUUUAGAUUUGCACCGGAGAUGUACCUGUGUAGGUUCCAGUGUGUCUCCUAUUUUUCAGAAGAAAUCGUGAUCUGCUCCAUGUUCUUUACAACAUAGAGGUGUAGCUCAUUUUCAUAAGGCUGCUCUGGCUGAGAGCAGUCAACUCCGAAGAAUGUCCGCACAAUUGAGUCCGAACUUUCUCCGGAGUUUGCCUUUCAUACAUGAACAACACGACAGGAGGUUCUCCACUCAGAUGCGUUCACAACUACAGAGAAAUCUCCAGAGCAGUCAGGUGAAGGGUGGUGCAGCAGAGGCAGGACGUAAAGUUUGAAUUCCUCUGCGGACAUGUUUCGUUUUCACUACAUCGACACUGGCGUCGACCCUUAUCACGAAAGCUCUCUUGAUAUCUUCUUCUACGUGUAUGGCACCGCUUUUUUAUCCUGAUAUAUUGCUUUUCUUUUCCGUGUGUGUUGUGUUAGAGAUGUCAUCAACACACCCACGUGCUCGCAAUGGAUCCUGCAGAGGAUCUGCUGUUUUCUCACUUUGGCUCAUUCGAACAUUCUCCAGAGUUUUUACCAGAGUCCGGCUCGGAGAAAGUCUAGAGGCUGUCAAUUGGACAUUUGUGUUCGCACAUACAGCCCCUCUGGAGAAUGUCUGGAGAUUCUCCAAGUUCAGUGCAUGUCUGAAAGCAGCUUUAGUUGUAGUUCACUAUCGUCACUCCCACUUCCAUUUACUUUUAAAUACUCAUCUUAAAGAAGUACCUGAUAGAUUUUUAUAGACAAAAAACUAAUACUGACAUUUUCCUAUCUGAAAGAAUUCAGCCAAGAACGUCAAUGAUCUAAAUUCCUCACGUUAUUGUGCGUGCACAUCAUUUCACAGCGCUACUUUUCUCAGUACACACACUCAUGUCAUGCUCACACCCAAUCUGCUGCUCUGAAACAGAUACUAUCAUCUCGCUUCUUUUAAAAACGAUUCAGAAGUUCAGAGGGUGGUGAGGACUUAGGCACCACUGUAACAUUUGAUGCAGAAGUCUCCCAUGUCACACACCUCCCCCAGUCUGUGCCACUGUGGCAGUUAUGUGUGGACAGUUUACUGUUAUUACCCGACGGCCUCGUACACAUCUGGUAUCAACAUGUGGUUUUUGUGAUCUGAUCUAAUUUCAAGCGGACAGCUCUAAGUUCAGGUGUGAACGCACUCAGAUCGGAUGUAGAUCCGAUCAAGCCAGGCCACAUUAGGAGGCGGUCUGGGCCACGUGUCCACAUUCUUUCAGCAGUGUGAAGGCAAAUCCAUCCUGGGCCACAUAUGACGGACCUCCAUAUCAGGUGUCCUCCGACCUGCUGCAGUUUCACUAUGAUUUUAACACAUUUUAUCUCUUCUCGUUGAUUUGUUUUUAACCACCGCCACAAUAUAAACACAUCAUCACAUAAUCAUCAAUACUUCCUUUAAAUUGGUCAAAUCUCAAGCCCGUGCUGACACAGUCGUUUGUUUGUAUAGAGCAGAGAGGUGGGAUCCGGUCAAGAGACUCAUGUUGGGCCACAUUUUCAUGCCAGGUGUGAACACAAGCACUCGGAGCUGUCCACUUGUGAUGUGAUCACAAAUAACACAUGUUAAUACCAGAUGUGUACGGGGCCUAAAAGUUGAUGAGGUUUUGGUGACAUAAUUGUACUCAACAGACAAAGUAGUCUAUUGGAAUGAGACAAUUCUUAAAUAUUUAUUUGUUUUUUUAUGUUAUGGUCAAGCCAUGUUUUAACUACAGCUCAAGAUAGCCUCCUAUUAUUACCUGUGCUUGUUGGUAUUUUUAUACAGUGCAGAAGGUGUAUGAUGUUGAUGAUGAUUAGAAAGCACUACUUAUCUACUUUCUCCAACCCUUGUAUUUAUGUUCAGUGGAAGAUUAGGCGCUUCAAUUAAAGGGAAUUACGAACCUUUAUAGCAUAAGGGAAGUUUGCUACAGGAUAAUAAUGGAUUUUGUGUUUCAUGUUUACAGCUUGUGUAACCUUGUGUGCUUAGCUAAUGGCUGGUGCACAGGUGAAUAUUUAUUACCAGGGAGUCUACCAACUUAAUCCGUCACAAAACUGCUGCUCUGUCUGUGUGGCAUUUUGCAAACUGAUGCCAGUCACACAUUAGACAGUAUAGCUCAUCUUUAAGUUAACACAACAGGAAACUCUUGUGACCAUUUGAAUGUUUUUAUUUCUUGUGUAUAAAGAACACACGGAUUUUUGAUACACUUAAGAGGAUGAGGUGAUAUUUGAAACUGCCAACAUUUUUGGGAUUUAAGUUGUCUGCAAGUGUUUCAUACCAUCAUGCUGAUUUUUGGGUGGAGUGUGGUGUGUUCAAAUGGCAAAUAGGCCAAUAGGACAUUUCUUUUGCUCUUUGUAUUCAGUUUUUAUUUGCCAAUGACUUUUUAACCCAGUUAAUUUACAGUCAGAAUGACGCUAAUUUGCCAUUAAAGUUGAUAAAAUCAGUUUCUUAAGUCUGUGUAAUGUAUUGUAACAGACCAGAGAGUCAUAAGUAGGUGUUAUGACAACUCAUCAUUCUGUGACAUUUAAUUACAGAGGAAAAAAUAGUAUGGCCCUUAGUAUAGCACAUAUCUCCCCUUAAAUGCAAUCAAGCUGCACCAAAUUGCACGUACUCAUAGAUAUCAGUUUUGUGGUAAUCCCUCCAGUUUGUAUUAUUUGUUGACGAACAAACAGACGGAAGUGAAAACAUAACUAUGAUGGAGUUAUUGACUUUUUUGGUCUCAUCUCAGAGUUAACUUUUAAUUUAUUUUAUACCUCUCGUGUCUUAUUAUUCGUGCAUUGUCUCACCUCAGUGAAGCAGCUGCUGUGCCUUUCUGCUUCCUCAUGUCUGCAUCCUCAUGUCUGCAUCCUCAUGUCUGCAUCCUCAUGUCUGCAUCCUCAUGUCUGCAUCUGUUUCAUACCUGCCUGUCAGUUUCUAACCUUUCAGUGUACUGCCUAAAUGAUACAAAGGCCUACAGUGAAUGUCAUUGUACUUCACUGUUUCUGUGUGAAUGUGUUGACUCACCAGAACACCCCUCAAUAUGAUUUGUUUGAGAUAUGUAUGAGUUUAUAUUUACUAGAUAUGAAUGACAGGUUCAUUAGGGACCAGUUAAGGUUGACCUCCAGGCAAAGUGUACAAUCAUACAUCAACAUGCUUUUUAAAGACACCACAGUUGUUCCCACUGUGAAUGUACCUGCACUGAAUGUCUCUGUGUCUUUGAAUUUAUACGAUACUAGUGGUGUAAGUGAUCAGCUUGUCUGUUUGGUGCAGUUUUAGUGCUUUGAGAUGCACAUCGUCAGCCUCAUUGUGAAUUGGUGGCAUAUGCUACUUUGUAGAACAAAAUACUAGCGACGAGAAUUAUGUUUCUUAAUUGUGAUUUAUAUCGGUGUUCACUGUGAUAGUGUCGUUUCAGAUGUUCAGACGUACACUUAGGGGUUUUCAUUUUCUCACCAACUCUUGUCUAAGAUGGAAUUGGAAUGUGUUGCAUUUUAAAGUAGGAAUUCUCCUUUUCACUAACACUCAACUUUAGAUACUGCCAUUUUAAAGCCAAUAUAUUUAUAGCCAAGUGUUGUAGCACAGCUGUGAUACAUUUCUCUGCUUUAAAAUUAUUGUCAUAUAUCUCUAUUAAAAUGCCUCCAGCUCUACAACAAAUCAAGUUUAACAAACGUGUAAUAAUUUAUGAAAGUCAUAACCUUUUUCUUUAUAACAUUACUUUUACAGUGUUAAACUGACUAAGUUAUAUAUUUUAACAAGCAAAAUAUUGGUCUCAUCUUAAAUUCAGUCAGUAAAAGAUUUUUUACAAAAAGAAUUUAAUUAUUACUGUCUUGUUACGAUGCUUUUCUGAUAGUUGGUGAAAACAGCUUUUUAAAAUAAUAAUCAAUUAUAAGAACAAAUAUUGGACUCUUAUUUGCUUGAUUGAACAAACACAUUUCUAGAAUCAAGUUUUUGACCAGACUUUCCUUUUUUUUUCAUUUAAAAUGUUGAUUCCAAAGCUGAAUCAUCCACUCAUAAUCAUGAUUACAUGAUGUCCCUGCAUUAAGUUAAGGUGCAGAUGUAGUAUGACAAGCACUGGACUCUAUCAAUACAUUUAAUAACCAAGUUUGUUGAAAACUGCCUAAAUGUUCACUGUCAUUUACUUUAAAUAAUGCAGAACAUGUCAGCGAUGUAUCUGUUAAUAUGAAGUUAUCAUCAUACUAAAUG